GAGCAAGUGCUGCUCCGACAGCACCUCCGGCUACCCCUGGAGCUCCACGGCCAGAUGAGAACUAGUAUUCAAAAUGCCCCAUGUGCUGAUCACUUGUAUCUGCAGGUUCUCUCCAGGAUACCCUCCAUCAAGCGCGCGUGCACGUUCGUCAAGAGAAGGGUGCGAUCUGGAACCACGUGGGGGAUGUGUGAAGAUGCGAUGCGAGAAGCACGCCGGCGGCCAGACAGGUGGGCGGCCCGAUCCUGGAGGGCCCAGUCCCCGCCGACAUGGAGACGGCCAUGGCGACGCCCGACUUGGGCGCCUUCCUCGCCAAGUACCCCGUCGACGAGAGGGCCUACGACUUCUUCGCAAGUUCCUCGCGGCAGGUGCAGGAGGAGGUCCUCCGGGAGUUCCAGCCCAAGACCGAGGGGGAGGCCUCCUACGCGAGGCUCUUCACCUCCCUCGUGCUGAAGGUCCGCCAGCGGUACGGCGAGGGGCGCCGGCAACGCGGCAAGGGCGGCAAGGGCGGCGGCGGGGCGCCCGCGCCGCAGGCCGCGUCGGAGGGCGCCGCCCCGCGGCGGGAGAAGCGGGGCCUCGGGGACCUGCGGGUCGGCAUGGAGCUGGAGGGCACGGUCAAGUUCCGGUCGGACCGGGGCGUCUGGGUGGACAUCGGCUACGAGAAGAACGCGAGGAUCAACGCGACCCGGCAGCUGGCGUUCCGCCUCAAGCGCAACCAGAGGGUGGCCACGACGGUGCAGGCCGUGGACCCGCGCAGGGGCGAGGUCUGGGUGUCCGCCGCCGACCUGCCGACGCUGAGGCCGUGGGAGGCGCUGCAGGUGGGCAUGACCACGGAGGGCAGGGUGGCCUUCCGAUCGAGCGCCGGCGUCUUCGUCGACAUCGGCUUCGAGCAGAACGGGAUCGUGCUCGCGGCAAACCGCAGCCAGAUGUUCGAGGCUCUCAAGCAGGACCAGAUCGUGGCCGCGACGGUCGAGGGCGUGGACGGCAGCACCAUCAGGGUGUCGGUCGCUGGAGUUCCCAAGCCGAGAUCGCUCCAGGAGCUGAGGGUGGGUGAGACGCUGGAGGGCGCCGUCGGUUCCAAGACGGAGAGGGGCGUCUUCGUCGACGUCGGCUGCGAGAAGCCGGCAUUGGUCAUCGCGCCGAGGGAGGAGGCGUACGCCCUCGGGCGCAGCCAGCCCGUGACCGCCACGGUUGAGAGGGUGCAGGGCGACGUGUUCUGGGUGUCGGUCGCAGGCCUGCCCAAGUUGCCGUUCCCCGAGGAGCUGCAGGUGGGCUCCAUCGUGAACGGCACGGUCGCGAGGAAGUCGACGGAGGGCGUCCUGCUCGACAUCGGCAACGCGGAGAUGGCGCGCGUCCUCGCGCCGAGGGCGAUGG